CUCGACGACCGCGAACGCACCAUCUUCACCAAACUCCUCACCGAACUCCACCCCACCUCCCUCGAAGUCCAAGACGUCUCCGGCGGGUGCGGCAGCAUGUACGCGGUGGAGAUCGCGUCGGACAAGUUCAAGGGGUUGACGCUGCUGAAGCAGCAUCGGUUGGUCAAGGAUGCUUUGGGCGAGGAUGUCAAGCAGUGGCAUGGGUUUCAGUUGAGGACGAAGGUGCCGGAGUGA